AUGGCGGGGAUGGCUGUCUCAAACAAAGACUACCCUCUGACGGGUGUAGUCAUUUGCUUCACUAAUGUACAAGUUGAGAAGAGAACUCCAUUGACUCAAAUGGCGGAGCAAAUGGGCGCGAUGCACAGUAUCCACCUUACUUCGGACGUAACCCAUUUGCUUGUGGGUGACACGAACAGCGACAAGUACAAAUUCGUUGCAAGGGAACGGAAUGACGUGGUGGCAAUGAGACCGGAAUGGAUCGAGGCCGUACGACACUCAUGGACGCAGGGAGAGGACAUAGACAUACAGGCACUUGAGAAACAGUUCAGACUGGCAGCAUUGCAUGGCGUCAAAAUCUGCAUCACUGGGUUCUCGGACCUUCCUUUCCGAGCCUACAUGCAGAAGACAACAGAGGAGAACGGGGCCGAAUACCGGAAAGAUUUGACCAAAUCUGUGACACAUCUUAUUGCGCGCACCCCGGACGGUGAGAAAUACAAGUUCGCGACAAAAUGGGAGAUCACGGUUGUUUCGGUAAAAUGGUUUACGGAUAGCAUUGAGCGUGGGAUGAUCCUGGACGAGGAGAAAUAUCACCCGCUAGUACCACCAGCAGAUCAAGGAGUUGGCGCAUGGAAUCGAUCCUCACCAUCAGAGAGGGAGCCUUCUCGAAGGGACAGCACUAACAAAGAGAACUCUUUGAACCCACGACCUCGAAAAUUACGCAGGAUCGCAAGUACCAAGCUGGUAGAUCAAAACGAAAACAUCUGGGGAGAUAUCGUCGGAACGGGGUUCGAAAAUAAAGAGACGACUGGAGCCCAAAAGAACCUACAAGGACAAGAACCACCUGAAGCCUCAAAGCCUGUCAUACAAGCAUAUCAGUCAUUCGCUAGCGAGACUACAUUUUCUGAAAGCAUUCAAUCUCGUCUUCCGCUGCCGACUGCUCCACCGAAAGAUAAUGGAUUUCUACACGCGACUUAUUUCUUCAUCAAUGGAUUUUCUUCCAAGCAGACCAAAGUUCUGCGUGAACAUCUUACUUAUAAUGGAGCUAAGUUGGUGGAAUCACUGAAUGAGUUCUCUAGCCCUACUAUCCCCAAAACAGGACAUGGACUGUUCAUCAUGGUGCCCUAUCAGACUCCCAGGUCAGAGAUUCCGUCAACGGAUGAAAUGGCCUUUGAAUGCGAGGUUGUGACGGAGAUGUGGCUGGAAAGGUGCAUUGAUGCUCGAGCUUUUGUUCCGCCCGAGUCCCAUGUGGCGAGCACUCCAUUUCCCAGGUUCCCUAUACCCGGAUUUCCGGAAUUGCGGAUUUGUUCCACUGGCUUUGGUCGUAUCGACCUUUUACACCUACGCAAACUGGUAGAGUUGAUGGGUGCCACUUAUGGAGAUUUCCUGACGCAGAAAGCAUCCGUUCUGAUUUGCAAUGACCCCCAAACAGCCAGCGUGGAAAAACUGCGGCAUACUGCCGAGUGGGGAGUUCCAGCAGUGUCUGCUGACUGGCUCUGGAUAUCUAUUCAAACUGGUCAGAAGAAGUCAUUUGAGCCAUAUAUUGUCCGACGACAAUUAUCCCAAAAUGCUAGCAGCACAGAGAAACUCGGCUCUUUGUCUGCUAAGCGAAAGCAGUCCGAGAAAAAUUCUGGUGAUGAACAGCGUGCGGAUUCCCCGUACAACAUCUCUACCGAGUCCACAAAUCGUAGUAGGAUCGAGAAGCGAACCUCAGGGAACAGCAAUAUAAUUCGAACAAUUCCCAUCGUUGGCGAUGGAUUCGAGGCCGAUGCACCAAAACCCUCCGUUCCGGAGUCACGAUCUCCAAGCCCGGCCAGAAUACUCGACAAACAGGCCCCAGAGGAACCGAAUAGCAAACAGCUAACCCCAAGCACCGACCCGAUACCAUCAAUUGCUCCAUCCGCACUAGAUACAGCUCUAAGCGGACUCCUACAGCAAGCUCGCGCUGCCAAGUCACGACAGCAAUCCGAGAAUACUACAACCAAUGAUGACGGGAAUCCACCCCGACGAAAGCGCAAGCCCCUCCUCGGCCGUGCUCCAUCCCACUCUUCCACCCGAAUGCUUGAAGGCCCGCGCCCUGUCUCCCGCGCCAGCUCGAUCGACACACUCAACGACGACGGCCUCGGCAGCGCUUUGGAAAGCGCCCAUCCGACUAGAGACAACUCCAUAUCCCGCAGUAACAGUCGCGCUGAACAGAGUCUGUCAUCCAUGCUCAGCGGCGGUAAAUUCGAUUUCCUGAAUGAUAAACUCCCAGCGCAUAAUGACGAAGAUGAGGAAAACCAGGCCCCGCAGAUGACUCAGUUGGAUUAUGAAGAUUCCGACGCGGCUGCCAUGAGGGCUGAGCUCCUAAGGGAUGCCGGGAAGCUGAGUGGAAAGACGAUGAAGGCCAAUCCCUCGGGGCUGCUUGUUGGUGAAGUCCGGGAGCUGGAGGAUAUUGGGUGGGGGUCUGGGCGGAGGACGAGGAAACAACCUGCUAAAAUAGACGAUGAAUGA